AUGUUACCACUAUUUUACACAUUAAUUUCAUCCGACGAUUACAUUGUAAAGACCAAAUACCUAAGAGCAUAUUACUGCAGACACUAUUACUACGAUCCAUGGACUGAUAUUAACAUUCAAUAUAAUGAAAGAGCAGACUCAACAAGUGGAGGUGAAAGAUGGGUUCCAACAACAUAUUCAGAUGGUGGAUGGUUCCCCAUCUUCAAAGUUGACGAUGAUCCAACCAAAGUCAGAAUCUUGGGAAGUAACAGGGGUGUUUCAAACUACAAAGGAAUCUAUGCAUCAACAAAUGUCACAUAUCACCCAGAAAUAGGUGAAAAGUACCUUCUGAUCACCUAUUCAUUCAAGAAUCAAGACACCCGUCCACACACCCUUCAUGUUGCAUCACACACAGAUGUUCAAAUUAGGUCUAAUGAUCGUGCUACAUGCAAAUGGUAUUAUGGAAAACGUGGCUUAACUAUGAAAGAUCCAGGAACAGGUAUCACAUUAACACUUCUUAUUAAGGGUGGCUAUCAUGUUACAGAUGUUGAUACAUUCUGGUUCGGAAGAUGGCAGGGCCCUAAUACAAAUCUUCACUACUUUGACAAUUAUACUGAUUCAGGUGAUAAUGAUCUUGUAAAUACUGACUCUGCAUUUUCAAUCGGUUGGCUCAAUCGUCACAUUUAUCCAAACGAGACACUUGAUUUCUCUGUCCUUUUGGGUGUUGGUGCUAACCUGAAGAACCCAGCUGUUUUGACAGUUAACGAUAACUUUGCUGAUAACAACAUGCCAAAUCAGGAAAUCACUGUUACAGGAACAGUCAACGAUUUUGAUCCAGAUGAAAACGUAACGGUUUAUUAUCAGUUCAAUGGUGGUCCUGAAACAAAGGUUGAAACAUUCCCCACAGGAGCAAGUGGAGGAAUUUCAAACGGUGCAUUCUCAUUCAAGGUUACACUUGGCCCCGACGUUGCACAGUAUCCAUUGAAAGUUUAUGCAAGAGAUUCUUUUGGCUUGACAUCCAACGUAUUUGAGAAGAAUCUUCUUGUCAACGAAAUUCCUAGACUUGUUCUCACAAGAGCACCUCCUUCCACCUUCUUCACAGGCGGUACAGUUAUCCUUGAAGGUACAAUCUGGGAUGACAGAAAGGCCACCCUCAAAUACCAGGUUGACAAUGGCUACAACUGGAAUACAGGCGAUGAAGAAUUUGUCUGCAACAGAGCUACAAAGCCAUUCCGUAAGUCCUUCCCAAUCCAGGAAGAUUACAUUAACUAUGGCCACCACGUUAUUAAGAUCUGGGCACAAGAUGAUUUCGGCGUUCAAUCAGAACCAAUUAUCGCUGAAUUCGACUAUGUCCAGCUUCACGCUCCCGAAAUGAAACCUUCCCAAGCUCAAACAAGUAUUCCAGAAGUUCAUGUUGGUAAAAAAUUUACUAUUUCUGGUCAAGCCAGAGAUAUUGAUUCAGGCGAAAGAGUCAGCGUUUACUAUAAAUAUCCAGAAGACACACCUGGAACUCAACCACGCCCACUUUUCACCUUCGAUUCAAAUACAGGUUGGCAGGAAUGGGAAAUCGAAUAUGAAGUUCCUGAUAGAAAACUUCCAUUUGACCAAGAAGUCAAAGUUAUUUUAUAUGCCGAAGAUACACGUGGUGGUACUUCUGCUGAUUUGGAGUUCAAGUUCAUUGUUAAGAAAGUACAAACAAUUCCACCAACACCAUAUGACGGUGAGGUUCCACCAAACCCAUCUGAUAAUCCAAACAUCCCUGAUUCAUCAUAUUCAGGACUUACUGCAACAUCAGAAGUCCCAACAAUUGUUUGCGAAGAGCAUACAGAUGUUAACGGAGAUACAUAUACACGAUGUGAUUUGGGAACAACAUAUAUCGUUAUUACGACAGAUGCUACACCAGCUCCUACACAAUCAGCAACACCUUCUGCAUCACCAGAGCCAGGAGCCUUCCCGGAGGAGGAUAACGCAAAGGAAGUAUCAGCUUCUAAAGAAAAGUCUAAUAAGAAGAAGAUGCUCAUUAUCGGCUUAGCUGCUGGUGGUGUUGCCGCCGCAGCUGUUGUUGCAGCAGCAAUCAUCAUCCAUGAGGCUACAAAGGCACCAAAGGACUUCGUUUUCAACGAAGAAAACGGAGAAUUCAUGGAAGUUGAUGGCGAUGCUUGCCAAGAUGCAGAUAACCCAAUUUAUGAUGAGAACGGAGCUGACGAUCCAUUCGCUAACGAAUUCGAUGAAGAUGACGGUCCAGUCGAAGGAAUCUUCCCAGCUUAA